AUGCUGUUAUUUAACAAUGUCAUAAUUUUUACAGGCUCGGGUGUGGUGCUUUUCAAGCACUCUCCGGGUGGGGCAUUCCAUCGUGCCCUUAACUUGGUCAAUCUGAUGAUCACCGACAUUUUCAUCAAUUUCAACCCGAGUCUUCUCGAUACCUCGACGGAUGAAUCGUUUUCUGAUAUUAAAACAUAUUCGAAGAAUAAUGAUGUAUUAAAAUACAUUAAUAUAGCUGGUCAGGAUGAAGUGUUUGUGGGGGUUGUAUAUUCCAGUUUAGCAGCUACCACAGGGCAAAUUGGUAAACUUAACAGACUUCUUACUCAUUUGAAAGAUUUGUUCACCAGUUUGAUACUUGAUGGUGAUACUGCAGAAUAUCUCAAAGGUCUAAAUUGGCUCGAAAUUAAAAACGAAAUUAAGGAAAAAAAAUUUGGGGUGUAUGUUGACCAACUCACCACUAAAGUUGAAACCGAUGAUAUCAAUGUUCACGACUCAAGUGACGGGGAAUCAAGUGAAAGCGAAGAAGAAGAACUUGAAAAAGAGGAGAAAAAAAUUGGGAAACUAAAGGCGGCUAAAAAACCUUCACCUAAUUACAAAUCGAAGAAUAACAAAAAAGGCAGAAAAUGGACUGAAAAUGGUGAAAUGGAUGAAGAUGCUAACUAUGAGACAUUGGAUUUCACCGAAUCAAACAAUGAUGCAGUAUCAGAAGAAGACGUUUCGAAGCUUGUUGGUAAGAAUUAUGGUCAUAGUACAAAAGAUGGGUUCAUUAUGAAUGAUAUUUCUCAAGAAAUCGAUGAUAUUCUUUCGACUAAAUCUAAACAAAAAUCAACAGAAGCUUCCAGCGGCUCAUUUGCAUUCUUAAAGAAGUAUAUUGGGCUUGGUCAAACCAUCACGGAAGAAACUUUAGUCAAACCAUCCAACGCUAUUAGAGAUAGUCUUAUUAAGAAAAAUGUUAGUGCAGAAAUUUCGGAGAAACUUGUGGGCUCACUCAAGCCGCGUCUUGUUGGUAAAAAGCUCAAGAAUUUCACUUCAGCAGAAACAGAAAUCCGUGGCACAUUGGCUAGCGAAUUGACAAAAAUCUUGACUCCUAACACCUCUAUUGAUUUACUCAAAGAGAUCUAUACCAAGAAAUCAAAACAUCCUAAUAAUCCUUACGUUAUUAGUGUUGUAGGGGUUAAUGGGGUCGGAAAGUCUACUAAUCUUUCAAAACUUGCCUAUUGGCUUCUAAAUAAUAAAUUCAGUGUUCUUAUUGCUGCGUGUGAUACUUUCCGUUCUGGUGCUGUUGAGCAGCUUAAGGUUCAUGAACGUCAUUUGAACAAACUUAUUGAUAGCUCGUCAACAUUAAAUUCGAAGCUCAAGGUUUUUGAACAAGGUUAUGGUAAUAAUUCCAAAGUUGCUGUGAUCGCUAAAAAAUCCAUCCAAUAUGCAAAAGAUAACGGUUUUGACAUUGUUCUUAUGGAUACCGCUGGUCGUAGUCAUGCUGACUCUAAACUUAUGGCUCCUCUUAAAGAUUUUGCCUUGGCUGCCCAACCAGAUAAGAUUAUCAUGGUUGCUGAAGCCCUUGUUGGUACUGAUUCAGUGUUGCAGGCUCGCAAUUUCAACAAAAGCUUUGAUGGCACUGGUAGAAAAAUUGAUUUCUUCAUUAUCAGUAAAUGUGACACUGUUGGUGACUUGAUUGGUACUAUGGUGAAUAUGGUUUACUCUACCGGUAUUCCAAUUUUAUUUGUCGGUGUCGGGCAGACAUAUACUGAUUUGAGAACCUUGAGUGUUGAAUGGGCAGUCAAUACUUUAAUUGGUUAG